AUGGCAAGAACACUUCUCUCCUCCCUGAUGUAUGAGCUAAUUGUCAAUGCCCUUGCUGGAUCAUCAAAUGAAACACUUCCAGAUCUAAAAGAGAAGGCUUUGAAUGAUCUUAACAAUAUAGGAGGAGACUCAGUCAUUCGGUUUGGGAGCAACGAUGACAAUGGGUAUGAUAUGCCUGGUGCUAACUCAGGACCUGCGAAGGUGGACAUUGUUGUAGUAGUCUUCAGGCAGAACCGACUACGGGAGCAGCUCCAAGUGAUGUCUACACAAAGAAGCCUCCAACGCAAGCAGCUUCCAAGAUGGCCAAAAAACCACUCAUGGCAUAGACGUAGGCAGAACUCACAUUCUAUUUGA